AAUGCGUUUGCUACCUCAUAUUCAUGGUAUUUUCGACGUAAAAGGUCAGAUAUAAAAUAUUUUGUCGCCAAGACAAAAGAGGGCACUAGAACUCUGAGUCAAACGGAACAGACUGACGUUCUUGACGUACGCAGCGUUAGUGACGUCACGUGCGUGAAACGUGUUUUGUACUACAGCAGAGGUGUUCUGGAUUGUGUUAUAAACCAGGGUACUAGUUUUAUUAUUUAUCUUUAAAUCGUCAACUCUUUGUUUCAUAACGGCUUAACGUUUUAGUUUCGUCAGCACGUCAUCGUCUGUCGUCCUUAUUCUUUAAAUGAAUCACUCUUCGUAGGAAAUACUUAAAGAAGGACCGUCAUGUUCCCUUCAAUCUAAAGAACAUUUAUGAAAUGAGAUGGAAAUAAUACUAAGUGCCUGAAAGGGUUAAAGCAGGUGUUUUCAAACUAGGGUCCACAACAAGGUGCACGAGUGUCCUGUGUGCGUCAUCAUGCCGGUCCAGUGCAGUAACUGCGUCCAGAGACGUGCCGUACUCAAACGGCCCAAGACCGGACACUCUCUCUGUAAGGACUGCUUCUUCUGGGCAUUUGAAGAGGAGAUCCAUCAAACCAUCGUGUCUGCCGGACUCUUUAACCGUGGAGAGACCGUGGCCAUCGGUGCCUCGGGCGGAAAGGACUCUACUGUCCUGGCUCAUGUGAUGAAGGUCCUGAACGAACGCUACGAUUACGGCCUGAAUCUUCUGCUGCUGUCGGUGGAUGAGGGCAUCACGGGUUACAGAGAUGAUUCGCUGGAGACGGUGAAGAGGAACCAGCAGCAGUAUGAGCUGCCGCUGAAGAUCGUGUCUUAUGAAGAGCUGUACGGCUGGACCAUGGACGCCAUCGUGAAGCAGGUGGGACUGAAGAAUAACUGCACUUUCUGCGGUGUGUUUCGCAGGCAGGCGCUGGACCGAGGAGCCAUGAUGCUGAAAGUGGACAAGAUCUGCACAGGUCACAAUGCAGACGACGUGGCAGAAACGGUGCUGAUGAAUGUCCUGCGUGGAGACAUCGCUCGUCUCCGCCGCUGCACCUCCAUCAGCACGGCCAGCGACGGAGAGGGUGCCAUCCCACGCUGCAAGCCCCUCAAAUACGCCUACGAGAAAGAGAUCGUCCUCUAUGCCUAUUUCAAGAAGCUGGAUUACUUCUCCACAGAGUGCAUCUACUCGCCCAACGCCUACCGGGGACACGCUCGCGCCUUCCUCAAGGACCUGGAGUCCAUCCGUCCCAGCUCCAUCAUAGACGUCAUCCACUCCGGCGAGACGCUCUCCGUGAAGGAUGGGGUGAAGAUGCCGGUGCAGGGAACGUGCUCGCGCUGUGGCUACAUCUCCAGUCAGGCCCUGUGUAAGUCCUGUGUUCUGCUGGAAGGCCUGAAUCGAGGUUUACCCAAACUGGGCAUCGGGAAACAUCACCGACUGCACGGCAAAAUUCUGGCUCGGGAGCCUUUGACCGAACAGGAGGAGAAGAAACUGAAGGCAGUGGACUUCUGACACAAAAUCAGGACUUGAUUUUAAAAACUUGACGCUUGAGUUACGUGUCAUCUGUGUUUUUAAGACGCUUUGAAAUGAAUGUUCAUAAUGAGAGAUGAUUUGGAAGUCUCCAGCAACUUUUUAUUCAUUUUUUUUUUUAAAUCUCAGACACAGUGAACUGAAUGUAACAUGCAUUUGCUGAAAAAGCAUCGUACAAACUGCUGUUCAGAAUCAGAGAAGCCUGUUUAAAAACAAACGUGAGCUUUUCCAAGUUAUGGCACGUUUAUUUAUUUAAACACUAUGACAAUAGAGUUACUUGUUUUUCAGGUUUUUCUCUUCCAUGUACAGACUAAUUGUUUUACAGGUGACACGUAGAAGUUUUUUAAUGCUUUUUAGUUUGUGACAUGAUAAAACGGAUAUUACACGUGA